AUGAGGAAGGUAUGCUUAGAGAAGAAUGAUCAGACUGAUUUUGAUCGCAAGAUGAAAGAUCAGGUGAAAAUGCCCAGUGCAGUGCAGAGUGCAGAGCAGCUCCGCCAGCGCAGCGCAGAGUUGCAGGAGAGACGGCAGCAGCUGCUGAGGAGGGCCACGACCAACAGCCACCGGAUUUGGCUGCAGAGAGUGGUAGACCUGCCACAGGCUGAGCAGCUGCUCCAGGACUGGACUCGAGAAUUGGAGGGCUUCGAGGACUUCAUCCAGAGGCACAUCACCGAGGACUCUGACUCUGACCCCGACGAAGACUUCCUCGAACGAAUGCCUCCGGCUGUGGGAGACCAGCAGCACACUGACCAGCCGGAGUCUCCUAGUAGAGGGGAAUGGGGAGCAGGGCAGCAGCAGUUUCCCGCAAGGCAGAUCUCCAUCCAGAGGCGCACUGCCAAGAACUCUGAUCCUGAUGAAGACUUCCUGGAAGCAGAGCCCCCAGCUGAGGGAGGACGGCAGCAAAGUGACCAACAGGAGGCUCCUGCUAGAGGGGUAGGAGGGGCAGGGGGGCGGCAGUCUCCGCAAAGGAGGCCAGCCAUCAGGAAGAGGGAUCUGACAGAUGCCGCCAGGAUCCGUCGAACGCCAGCGCCAGAUGACGUGCGCUCGACCAGCCGUCCCACUGAAACACCUGCGGUCGACGACCCCCUGCGCGGCGACCAGAAGCCAACUGUGGCGACGCCGCCCGGCGUUGCCUGCGUCGUCCUGUGUGAGGUCUACCAGCCGGCGAGGGAGGCGAUCGCAGGAGCCAGUGCCGCUCGUAACACAGGAGGUGGGGUUGGGGACCCGGUACCCCGUCUGGUCCCCGACCGCUGCUCGUUGCCGGAAUCCCCGCCUUCAGCUGCCUCCAGCGCCGUCCCAAGGCAACGAGAAGAAGGCAACGAGAAGAAGGCAACGAGAAGAAGGCAACGAGAAGAAGGCAACGAGAAGAAGGCAACGAGAAGAAGGCAACGAGAAGAAGGCAACGAGAAGAAGGCAACGAGAAGAAGGCAACGAGAAGAAGGCAACGAGAAGAAGGCAACGAGAAGAAGGCAACGAGAAGAAGGCAACGAGAAGAAGGCAACGAGAAGAAGGCAACGAGAAGAAGGCAACGAGAAGAAGGCAACGAGAAGAAGGCAACGAGAAGAAGGCAACGAGAAGAAGGCAACGAGAAGAAGGCAACGAGAAGAAGGCAACGAGAAGAAGGCAACGAGAAGAAGGCAACGAGAAGAAGGCAACGAGAAGAAGGCAACGAGAAGAAGGCAACGAGAAGAAGGCAACGAGAAGAAGGCAACGAGAAGAAGGCAACGAGAAGAAGGCAACGAGAAGAAGGCAACGAGAAGAAGGCAACGAGAAGAAGGCAACGAGAAGAAGGCAACGAGAAGAAGGCAACGAGAAGAAGGCAACGAGAAGAAGGCAACGAGAAGAAGGCAACGAGAAGAAGGCAACGAGAAGAAGGCAACGAGAAGAAGGCAACGAGAAGAAGGCAACGAGAAGAAGGCAACGAGAAGAAGGCAACGAGAAGAAGGCAACGAGAAGAAGGCAACGAGAAGAAGGCAACGAGAAGAAGGCAACGAGAAGAAGGCAACGAGAAGAAGGCAACGAGAAGAAGGCAACGAGAAGAAGGCAACGAGAAGAAGGCAACGAGAAGAAGGCAACGAGAAGAAGGCAACGAGAAGAAGGCAACGAGAAGAAGGCAACGAGAAGAAGGCAACGAGAAGAAGGCAACGAGAAGAAGGCAACGAGAAGAAGGCAACGAGAAGAAGGCAACGAGAAGAAGGCAACGAGAAGAAGGCAACGAGAAGAAGGCAACGAGAAGAAGGCAACGAGAAGAAGGCAACGAGAAGAAGGCAACGAGAAGAAGGCAACGAGAAGAAGGCAACGAGAAGAAGGCAACGAGAAGAAGGCAACGAGAAGAAGGCAACGAGAAGAAGGCAACGAGAAGAAGGCAACGAGAAGAAGGCAACGAGAAGAAGGCAACGAGAAGAAGGCAACGAGAAGAAGGCAACGAGAAGAAGGCAACGAGAAGAAGGCAACGAGAAGAAGGCAACGAGAAGAAGGCAACGAGAAGAAGGCAACGAGAAGAAGGCAACGAGAAGAAGGCAACGAGAAGAAGGCAACGAGAAGAAGGCAACGAGAAGAAGGCAACGAGAAGAAGGCAACGAGAAGAAGGCAACGAGAAGAAGGCAACGAGAAGAAGGCAACGAGAAGAAGGCAACGAGAAGAAGGCAACGAGAAGAAGGCAACGAGAAGAAGGCAACGAGAAGAAGGCAACGAGAAGAAGGCAACGAGAAGAAGGCAACGAGAAGAAGGCAACGAGAAGAAGGCAACGAGAAGAAGGCAACGAGAAGAAGGCAACGAGAAGAAGGCAACGAGAAGAAGGCAACGAGAAGAAGGCAACGAGAAGAAGGCAACGAGAAGAAGGCAACGAGAAGAAGGCAACGAGAAGAAGGCAACGAGAAGAAGGCAACGAGAAGAAGGCAACGAGAAGAAGGCAACGAGAAGAAGGCAACGAGAAGAAGGCAACGAGAAGAAGGCAACGAGAAGAAGGCAACGAGAAGAAGGCAACGAGAAGAAGGCAACGAGAAGAAGGCAACGAGAAGAAGGCAACGAGAAGAAGGCAACGAGAAGAAGGCAACGAGAAGAAGGCAACGAGAAGAAGGCAACGAGAAGAAGGCAACGAGAAGAAGGCAACGAGAAGAAGGCAACGAGAAGAAGGCAACGAGAAGAAGGCAACGAGAAGAAGGCAACGAGAAGAAGGCAACGAGAAGAAGGCAACGAGAAGAAGGCAACGAGAAGAAGGCAACGAGAAGAAGGCAACGAGAAGAAGGCAACGAGAAGAAGGCAACGAGAAGAAGGCAACGAGAAGAAGGCAACGAGAAGAAGGCAACGAGAAGAAGGCAACGAGAAGAAGGCAACGAGAAGAAGGCAACGAGAAGAAGGCAACGAGAAGAAGGCAACGAGAAGAAGGCAACGAGAAGAAGGCAACGAGAAGAAGGCAACGAGAAGAAGGCAACGAGAAGAAGGCAACGAGAAGAAGGCAACGAGAAGAAGGCAACGAGAAGAAGGCAACGAGAAGAAGGCAACGAGAAGAAGGCAACGAGAAGAAGGCAACGAGAAGAAGGCAACGAGAAGAAGGCAACGAGAAGAAGGCAACGAGAAGAAGGCAACGAGAAGAAGGCAACGAGAAGAAGGCAACGAGAAGAAGGCAACGAGAAGAAGGCAACGAGAAGAAGGCAACGAGAAGAAGGCAACGAGAAGAAGGCAACGAGAAGAAGGCAACGAGAAGAAGGCAACGAGAAGAAGGCAACGAGAAGAAGGCAACGAGAAGAAGGCAACGAGAAGAAGGCAACGAGAAGAAGGCAACGAGAAGAAGGCAACGAGAAGAAGGCAACGAGAAGAAGGCAACGAGAAGAAGGCAACGAGAAGAAGGCAACGAGAAGAAGGCAACGAGAAGAAGGCAACGAGAAGAAGGCAACGAGAAGAAGGCAACGAGAAGAAGGCAACGAGAAGAAGGCAACGAGAAGAAGGCAACGAGAAGAAGGCAACGAGAAGAAGGCAACGAGAAGAAGGCAACGAGAAGAAGGCAACGAGAAGAAGGCAACGAGAAGAAGGCAACGAGAAGAAGGCAACGAGAAGAAGGCAACGAGAAGAAGGCAACGAGAAGAAGGCAACGAGAAGAAGGCAACGAGAAGAAGGCAACGAGAAGAAGGCAACGAGAAGAAGGCAACGAGAAGAAGGCAACGAGAAGAAGGCAACGAGAAGAAGGCAACGAGAAGAAGGCAACGAGAAGAAGGCAACGAGAAGAAGGCAACGAGAAGAAGGCAACGAGAAGAAGGCAACGAGAAGAAGGCAACGAGAAGAAGGCAACGAGAAGAAGGCAACGAGAAGAAGGCAACGAGAAGAAGGCAACGAGAAGAAGGCAACGAGAAGAAGGCAACGAGAAGAAGGCAACGAGAAGAAGGCAACGAGAAGAAGGCAACGAGAAGAAGGCAACGAGAAGAAGGCAACGAGAAGAAGGCAACGAGAAGAAGGCAACGAGAAGAAGGCAACGAGAAGAAGGCAACGAGAAGAAGGCAACGAGAAGAAGGCAACGAGAAGAAGGCAACGAGAAGAAGGCAACGAGAAGAAGGCAACGAGAAGAAGGCAACGAGAAGAAGGCAACGAGAAGAAGGCAACGAGAAGAAGGCAACGAGAAGAAGGCAACGAGAAGAAGGCAACGAGAAGAAGGCAACGAGAAGAAGGCAACGAGAAGAAGGCAACGAGAAGAAGGCAACGAGAAGAAGGCAACGAGAAGAAGGCAACGAGAAGAAGGCAACGAGAAGAAGGCAACGAGAAGAAGGCAACGAGAAGAAGGCAACGAGAAGAAGGCAACGAGAAGAAGGCAACGAGAAGAAGGCAACGAGAAGAAGGCAACGAGAAGAAGGCAACGAGAAGAAGGCAACGAGAAGAAGGCAACGAGAAGAAGGCAACGAGAAGAAGGCAACGAGAAGAAGGCAACGAGAAGAAGGCAACGAGAAGAAGGCAACGAGAAGAAGGCAACGAGAAGAAGGCAACGAGAAGAAGGCAACGAGAAGAAGGCAACGAGAAGAAGGCAACGAGAAGAAGGCAACGAGAAGAAGGCAACGAGAAGAAGGCAACGAGAAGAAGGCAACGAGAAGAAGGCAACGAGAAGAAGGCAACGAGAAGAAGGCAACGAGAAGAAGGCAACGAGAAGAAGGCAACGAGAAGAAGGCAACGAGAAGAAGGCAACGAGAAGAAGGCAACGAGAAGAAGGCAACGAGAAGAAGGCAACGAGAAGAAGGCAACGAGAAGAAGGCAACGAGAAGAAGGCAACGAGAAGAAGGCAACGAGAAGAAGGCAACGAGAAGAAGGCAACGAGAAGAAGGCAACGAGAAGAAGGCAACGAGAAGAAGGCAACGAGAAGAAGGCAACGAGAAGAAGGCAACGAGAAGAAGGCAACGAGAAGAAGGCAACGAGAAGAAGGCAACGAGAAGAAGGCAACGAGAAGAAGGCAACGAGAAGAAGGCAACGAGAAGAAGGCAACGAGAAGAAGGCAACGAGAAGAAGGCAACGAGAAGAAGGCAACGAGAAGAAGGCAACGAGAAGAAGGCAACGAGAAGAAGGCAACGAGAAGAAGGCAACGAGAAGAAGGCAACGAGAAGAAGGCAACGAGAAGAAGGCAACGAGAAGAAGGCAACGAGAAGAAGGCAACGAGAAGAAGGCAACGAGAAGAAGGCAACGAGAAGAAGGCAACGAGAAGAAGGCAACGAGAAGAAGGCAACGAGAAGAAGGCAACGAGAAGAAGGCAACGAGAAGAAGGCAACGAGAAGAAGGCAACGAGAAGAAGGCAACGAGAAGAAGGCAACGAGAAGAAGGCAACGAGAAGAAGGCAACGAGAAGAAGGCAACGAGAAGAAGGCAACGAGAAGAAGGCAACGAGAAGAAGGCAACGAGAAGAAGGCAACGAGAAGAAGGCAACGAGAAGAAGGCAACGAGAAGAAGGCAACGAGAAGAAGGCAACGAGAAGAAGGCAACGAGAAGAAGGCAACGAGAAGAAGGCAACGAGAAGAAGGCAACGAGAAGAAGGCAACGAGAAGAAGGCAACGAGAAGAAGGCAACGAGAAGAAGGCAACGAGAAGAAGGCAACGAGAAGAAGGCAACGAGAAGAAGGCAACGAGAAGAAGGCAACGAGAAGAAGGCAACGAGAAGAAGGCAACGAGAAGAAGGCAACGAGAAGAAGGCAACGAGAAGAAGGCAACGAGAAGAAGGCAACGAGAAGAAGGCAACGAGAAGAAGGCAACGAGAAGAAGGCAACGAGAAGAAGGCAACGAGAAGAAGGCAACGAGAAGAAGGCAACGAGAAGAAGGCAACGAGAAGAAGGCAACGAGAAGAAGGCAACGAGAAGAAGGCAACGAGAAGAAGGCAACGAGAAGAAGGCAACGAGAAGAAGGCAACGAGAAGAAGGCAACGAGAAGAAGGCAACGAGAAGAAGGCAACGAGAAGAAGGCAACGAGAAGAAGGCAACGAGAAGAAGGCAACGAGAAGAAGGCAACGAGAAGAAGGCAACGAGAAGAAGGCAACGAGAAGAAGGCAACGAGAAGAAGGCAACGAGAAGAAGGCAACGAGAAGAAGGCAACGAGAAGAAGGCAACGAGAAGAAGGCAACGAGAAGAAGGCAACGAGAAGAAGGCAACGAGAAGAAGGCAACGAGAAGAAGGCAACGAGAAGAAGGCAACGAGAAGAAGGCAACGAGAAGAAGGCAACGAGAAGAAGGCAACGAGAAGAAGGCAACGAGAAGAAGGCAACGAGAAGAAGGCAACGAGAAGAAGGCAACGAGAAGAAGGCAACGAGAAGAAGGCAACGAGAAGAAGGCAACGAGAAGAAGGCAACGAGAAGAAGGCAACGAGAAGAAGGCAACGAGAAGAAGGCAACGAGAAGAAGGCAACGAGAAGAAGGCAACGAGAAGAAGGCAACGAGAAGAAGGCAACGAGAAGAAGGCAACGAGAAGAAGGCAACGAGAAGAAGGCAACGAGAAGAAGGCAACGAGAAGAAGGCAACGAGAAGAAGGCAACGAGAAGAAGGCAACGAGAAGAAGGCAACGAGAAGAAGGCAACGAGAAGAAGGCAACGAGAAGAAGGCAACGAGAAGAAGGCAACGAGAAGAAGGCAACGAGAAGAAGGCAACGAGAAGAAGGCAACGAGAAGAAGGCAACGAGAAGAAGGCAACGAGAAGAAGGCAACGAGAAGAAGGCAACGAGAAGAAGGCAACGAGAAGAAGGCAACGAGAAGAAGGCAACGAGAAGAAGGCAACGAGAAGAAGGCAACGAGAAGAAGGCAACGAGAAGAAGGCAACGAGAAGAAGGCAACGAGAAGAAGGCAACGAGAAGAAGGCAACGAGAAGAAGGCAACGAGAAGAAGGCAACGAGAAGAAGGCAACGAGAAGAAGGCAACGAGAAGAAGGCAACGAGAAGAAGGCAACGAGAAGAAGGCAACGAGAAGAAGGCAACGAGAAGAAGGCAACGAGAAGAAGGCAACGAGAAGAAGGCAACGAGAAGAAGGCAACGAGAAGAAGGCAACGAGAAGAAGGCAACGAGAAGAAGGCAACGAGAAGAAGGCAACGAGAAGAAGGCAACGAGAAGAAGGCAACGAGAAGAAGGCAACGAGAAGAAGCUGUUUACGUUUGUGAAUGUUAAGCUGGUCCCAUUUUUCAUUCGACUGAGCCCAACGGGCUCGCGACCUGAUAAGACUGCCGUCAGCAACCGCUUCGAGAGGAAGACAGCCAUGUGGCGUCGCAGUGCAGAGUCCUCUGGGGGCGAAGAAGGAGAGGAAGGCCGUUUGCACGAGAGUCCCGCAGAGGGUGUGCGACCAGCCACGCCCUCCCGAGUCGUCAGAGGGCGAGCAAGAGGAGAUGCAGCCGGUGGCAGUGCAACACAGUGUUAUGACCCGCGCUGCGAGGAAGUCGAGGAGUACGUGCCGGAGGACGUCCCCGAGCGGCGGCGCUGGGAGUACCGCGCCUACUGGGCCGACGCCGACGUCUAA